AUGGCGCACCUCUACCCACACCUUCGAGUGCAUCAGGUGUUUGGUGCCAACACCGACGUGGGCAAGACCAUUUUUACCACCGCACUCUGCCUUGCCUCCUCCGCCCUUCCACUCUCUGCCACCGAGGCCACUCCCCCUACCGAUGUCUUCGCCGCCUCCAAAGCCGGGCUCGGCGAGCGUGUGCAUUACCUCAAGCCUGUCUCCACAGGUGCGCUGGACGAUGCCGACGACGCACACAUAUCCCGCUAUGCAUCCGGCACGCAGUACAAGACGCUCUACCGCUUCAGCGAGCCGGUGAGCCCGCAUCUGGCGGUAGAGCUCGAGAGACGUGCGAAAUUGGCGGAGAGGGAGGUCGGGCAGGAACCGCAGCCGCCGAGCGAUGAAGAGUUUGUCAGGGAUGUCGGGGACUGGAUCCAUGCUGCCGCUGCCGCAGAGUCUGCGCAGAGCAACAAGGCUGCGGUGGCGUACGUCGAGACGGCGGGAGGUGUGCAUUCGCCCGGACCGUCCGGGCUGUCCCAAUCGCAUCUCUUGCGGCCCUUGCGCUUGCCGACAAUCCUCAUCGGCUCCUCUGAGCUUGGUGGCAUCAGUACGACGAGGUCCGCCUUCGAGUCGCUUCUUGUGGCAGGCUACGACGUCGAAGCGGUGCUGCUGUUUCCCUCUCCACGAUACGGCAACGUCGAAUAUCUGCGUCGCUUCUUUGCUGAAGAGCAUGGUAUUCCUGUGUUUGGCCUCGGUGGGCCCAAUGCUGAGAGUGUAUACGGUCCCCCACCCGUCAAGGCCGCGGACAGCGCAGCCGACAAAGCUGCAAUGAUGCACUUCUACCAAGGCCUCGUGUCCGGUCAUCCUGACCCCACGUCUUCUGCUCCUUCCUCUGAACACACUGCAGGAGGCGUAUACGACGUUGUGCGCUACCUUCGCACCAAACACAGCCAGCGCAUCGCCUCGCUCGCCACCAUGGCCCAACGCACCCGCGAUACAUGCUGGUGGCCGUUCACGCAGCACCAACUCACGCGCAGCAAUGCCGAAGUCAAUGUGAUCGACAGCGCCCACGGCGACUUUUUCAGCAUGCUCGACCAACGCACUCCCCCCUCGAAUUCGAAGGUGGUGGGAGCGGUGAAAAGCAACAGCCUGCUGCAGCCUGUGUUUGACGGGAGUGCAAGCUGGUGGACGCAAUGUCUGGGGCAUGCUCCGCAGCGCUUGGUGACGGCGGCUGCGCACGCGGCGGGGCGGUACGGCCAUGUGUUGUUCCCCAACGGUACGCAUGAGCCUGCGCUGCUGCUCGCCGAGCUGCUGACGGGUAAGAAUGUCGCCGCUUCCGCACCGCAGCCCUCGUCGCUCGCGACCAACCCAGGGCAUGGGUGGGCCGACCGCGUCUUCUUCUCCGACGACGGCAGCACCGGCAUGGAAGUCGCCCUCAAGAUGGCGCUCCAAUCGUCGAUCCUACGCUACUCGACACAGCGCGCCUCGUCGCAACAAGCAGCCGACAAUGCCAAACCCGGACAGCAGGCCGGGUACCGAGCAGGCAAACCAAAGCUGGAGUGGGAGAUGCUCGGGCUCAAAGGCAGCUACCACGGUGACACUAUCGGUACGAUGGAUGCGUGCGAGCCAUCAGUGUACAGCGAGGCCGUGCACUGGUACCGCGGGCGUGGUUUCUGGUUCGAUCCUCCGACAGUGGAGAUGCGCGCCGGUGGGGAAGUGACCGUCAGCCUCUGUGUGGGCGAUAAAGACACUGCGGACAGGAUGCGCUCUCGACACCUGUCGGAGCAGCUCUCGGCCAACGUUAGGGGCAGAGAGGCAGGGGGGUUGAUCUUCGAGCAGUCGUAUACGUCGAUGCAAGAGGUGUACGACGUAGAAGCGCGCUUGCGCAACAACGACCCACUCAUCGAAUUCUACCGCAAAUCAAUCCGCGACCAGCUGCAACAGCUCACAGUGCAACAGGGCAGGAAGUUCGGAGCGCUCGUCAUGGAACCUCUGGUGAUGGGUGCAGGCGGAAUGGUGUUCGUCGACCCACUGUUCCAGCGAGUCCUCGUAGACGUAUGCCGCGAAAGCGAGGAUCUCUUCUCGCUCACCGAUGCGCCGCUUACUCCACCAUCCUCUCCAUCCUCUUUCAAGAGCACAGUAAAGGACGGCGAAUGGAAAGGCAUCCCUGUCGUGUUCGACGAAGUCUUCGCCGGGCUGUACCGUCUCGGCCCGUGCACACCCGCAACCGUGCUGGGCGUGACGCCGGACAUCUCGGUGCUCGCCAAGAUUUUGACGGGAGGCAUGGUGCCCAUGUCCGUGACGCUCGCAUCGUCGUCGAUCUUCAAAGUGUUCAACCAGAGCGAUAGCAAAGUCGACGCACUGCUGCACGGACACAGCUACACGGCGCACCCUAUCGGAUGCGCGGUUGCGCUCGAGACGCUCAAGGCGAUUGGAGAGCUGCGUGUGUCCGAAGAGUGGGCUGGCUGUCGGGCGGACUGGGCGGAGGACAAGGGUGAGGGAGGAGAGGGCGUCUGGUCGUUCUGGUCGAAGUCUGCGGUGCAGAAGCUGGCGGCGCUGCCGAACGUCGACCACGCAAUUGCGAUGGGGUGCGUGCUCAAAGUGGCGCUGAAGGACAACGGUGGUGCGGGAGGAUAUACGAGCACGGCGUCGGUCGAGUUGCUAAAGAAGUUGCGGUACGGGGAGAGCACGCCACAGGGUCAUCCGAGUGUUCCUGUAGCUGCGUCGGGUGAAGAAAACAAGGGACUGCCGUACAACAUUCAUGCUAGACCACUGGGGAACGUGGUGUAUCUCAUGUCGUCGCUCAACACGCCGACCAAGGUGUUGCGCACGUCCGAGGAGGUGCUGUUCAACGCGAUCAAGGACGAAGCUGGCAAGUAG